CCUCCCUCCCUUCCCUCCAUUCCCUUUCUUCCCCUCCACCCCAGCUUCAGAGGGCUUGCCCGUCAAUAUAAAAGCAUGUACCCAAUGCUGCACAUCGAUAUUGAAGGAGAGUUGGAUAAACUGAAGGAAUACUCUGAGCGGAUCCGCCCCCUGGUGAAGGAUGGGGUUUAUUUCAUGUACAAGACCCUCCGCGGACCACCCAAGGAGAUCCUUGUGGAGGGUGCCAACGCCACACUGCUGGACAUCGACUUCGGUAAGAAGCCAAAAUGCGGGCGCUGCAUACUCCAAUCGCACCGCAGGCCCGCAGUAAACUCUGAGCUACGUUCAACCAUUCCUAUUCUGAGGAGAGCAAAGCUGUGUCACUGCCCCGUCUGUGUGCCAGUCCCACCCCUUGCAGCUGACCACAGUUUCUCUCACUCUCACCCCCACCCUCCUCUCAGGAUUCCCUGAGAUUGUUUUUGCUUUCUUCAUAAUCUGGAUAAUUUUCUUCAAAGUCACAUUUGUCUUUGGACUGUAAUAAGUCUGACAAAGCUUCAUCAAUAAUUUCAACAGCAGUUCUGUUAGGAAUUCAGAAUUCCAAGGCCAAUAAUUACCUUUUUCCAUCAGUCUUCCAUUUUAACAGUACAUCAUGACAAGAGACGAGUCUAAACUAUGUGGAAAAGAUCAUGAGGUAAUCUUGCUCUGCUAACAUGCCCAGUGUCAUUGAGCUACAAAAUGUCUCGCUCUCGUUUUGGGUGUCUCUCACACACACAUUAUCACCUUACACCAAUCCAUUGACAGAUAUCUUUAAUUCUUCAGAACAAAUGUGUCCCCCGUGGUCAAGCGCUUUCCUCUGUAUUGGUAUCUUCUUUAAAGUCUUGACAUCAGAACAUGAUAAGGUCUAGGAAUUAUUGAAUAUAAUAGUGAGCUUACUUGUUAACCAUGUGAUUUAGUGUCUAAACGUGGGAAGCAAUUCUGUAUCUUUGGAGCAGUUCUCUCCAAGAUGUCCGAGAUGUUUUGUUUUGACCCUGAUAUUAAAUCAUCCAGGCAAUAUUCCUUCUGCCAUAUCUUCCUAAUGUCAUUAUUGAUUAUUCUCACUUCAAAGUGUUUUCAUUUUGCAGUAUCUCAAUGUUGCUUUUCUAUCUGGCUUUUAAUAUUGCAAUAUAUCGAUGUUGCUUUAAUCUCUUUCUAAAUAGGUACUUAAAACAGCACGGAUAUAAUGCUGUAUUUAAAAUACGAAGAUAGUGUUUUCCUUAUCUUUGAAGGGUUUUAAACUCUUCAGUAUAGUACCACUGGUUUAUACGAUUCUGUAUCUGUGUUGAUUAACUGAGAUUUUUUUUCAGGCAAAUUGGAUUACACAGCCUAAUAAAAAUACCUAUUACAUUGCAUGAUUUGCCAAAGUAAAGCCUGAUGUCUGUUCCCUUAGUAAACCAAGGUUUUAAACUAUAGAUAUCCUCUUAAUGUGGCCUCAGUCAACUGCCUGUAUUCUUUUGUUGGACCCGAUACCCUCAGGGCUUCUAAAUUGCAGCUUAAUUCUGGCUCUGUGCUGUUAAUGGUGCUGCAAUCUGUUCAGUUCUGGUGUGGUGACUUUGCCGGUGCUGCAAUCUCAGUUUAAAUUACUUUUGUGCAGUUGACUUACCCUGUGUA